AUGAGAAAUCUCCUCAAUAAGUUCCUAUACGGCUCUUCACUCUCAGAAGCUGCCAAUGAUGGAUCUCGUACACUCUCGAUUCGACCUUCCCCUGAGGACCACAAUCUAUUAUUGGUCAUCCCAGAGGGAGCGCCCAAAGAAGCACCUCCUCUAUACACAAUCGCCAAGCGUGACGACAAGCCCAACUUCGUCGCCUACCGAGGUCCCCCGAUCCCCGAAAACAUUAUCGGCACAGCAACUAUCCACUUUACAACUACAACCAUUGACCUGUCUGUAUUUAACCAGCACAUGGUGGUCAAGAAUAGCCUAUCGGGGAAUUGGUCCUUUGAGACACCCCACACGGGCAAGUUCAAGUGGAAGGUGAACCAGAUGACGGGUAGUUCGUAUGAACUCUACGACCGGGCGGAACGUAAGCUUGCCAAGUACGGGAGUGCAGGAAUUACAAGGCCAAUGGAGAAGCAGGUCUCGGUAUUUGUACCGUGCGACGACUUUUUUACUGUCACCAUUGUCUUAUCAAUAAUGGCGUGCAAGGAGUUGGAUAAGAUUAACAAAAAGGUGGCGGGGAAGCUGAUCAACGGGCUUGUGGGGAUCUAA